AUGGAAUUCCAAUGCAUUGAGGAUAGGGCACAGAAUGCUCCACUACCGGAAAACAAAUUGAUUGAUCUCAUAGAGACAUGUUACGUUACCAGCAAGAAUGAAACCAAAUCGGAUCAGAACGCAAUCUUAGUGGAACGAUUCUUAAAAUAUAUCCUGGAGCAACUGAAUAAGCAUUCGUCCCUUUAUAAAUACAUCGUGUCAAUGACGUGUUUGAAAAGUCUGGUUGACGAAGAGGACUCCGACAGUGUUGAUGGUAAUUUCACAAUGAUAAACUCUGUUGGCACGUCUUGGAACCCUAAAAAAGAUGGUUUGUUUAACUAUACUGUCAGAAGUGCUGAAAGACCAAGGCAACAGUUUUUAGUCACUAUAAUAUGGGUUUACAAGUAA